AUGUGGCUGGAGAUGAGGGGGCUGUCACCUUUGUUCCGUGUCUUGGCACCAAGUGCUGCUGUGACUAGGGACGUUUUCCGCUUUCCAGCCCUGCUCCCUCGUCGCUGCCGCGGGGCCGUUCUCUGCACCGUCCACGAAUCCACCGGUGUGUUGGGAACGGGGGGUCGUGAUCAGUUCACCCUCUGGUCUCUCAAUCCACCCCGUGCUGCCUGGGCUGGCGUCUUCCACAGUGUGGCCGGUGCGGUGCUGGGGGCUUCCAGGAAUGAGCCCAGACCAGUCCAGCAGGACCAGCCCCAGGGCUUCAACCCGGCCAACCUGUUGUGGGUCCUCGCCCAGCUGAGAUCCCCCUCCCUGGCCGAAACCACCUACCUGAAAGCCUUCCUGGAUUUAGUAACUCUGACACAGAUGACCAAGGAUGCCCGAGGUUUCUCCACAGACCUGGCGAAAGUGGCAGUGGCCACCCUGAUCAUCGGAGCUGUCCUGUCUGCCGCCGAGCAACACCCUGACCUUGGGGCACUGGUGUGUGACAUGGAGCCUGAGACCAUCACAGCCUCAGACCCCAGUGUCCUGGAGAACCUGAAGCUCUGCCCAGAGCUGACAGGGGCCCAGCAGGACGCCCUCAAUGCUGUGCUCCUUGGGGGUGGCACAGUGUAUGGGGACCCUUCCAGCUGGGAUUUACAGACUCUACAAAGUUUGGGGCCGCUCGUGCUGGCUUUGAACCAGACCACACUGAGCUUGGUGGCCAAGGCAACACGGGAGGCUUUUGGCAGGACAAUCGCAGCCACUUACAGCAGCCAGGGACAUUCCCAGUGGGAAAAGUCCCUGACCCUCCUCAGGGCCUUCCCAGCAGCAGUGGCUUUGUCUCGACCCAGGCUGAAGAGGACCACAGAAGGUGAGGAAGAAACACCUGACAUGUCCUUCCUGCCCACAGGCUGCUCAUCCAGCCCCAUCACAGCCAGCACCAUCUCCACCUUGUUAGUCCUCACAUACAGCAUCGAGGAGUUCAACCUGUGCCUGAGCGAUGAGGUUUUAAAAGCAAACCUGGAGCUGCUGUCUGAGCAGCCCCUCCCCACGACGUACCUCAGGGUCCUGAAAAGAAAGCUGUCACAGAUUUACCCCUCGGGGAUCCCGGAGAAGCAGCUGAAGGAGCUCGGGACACUGUCCCGCCUGUACACGCCGAAGGAGAUCAGCCAGUGGAUGGUGACCUCCAGUGACACACUCCUGGCCCUGCUUGACCCCUCAGAUGGCCAGUGGAACCCUGCCCAGGUCAACCAGCUGCUGAAAAGGUACAGGGCCCUGGGGGGCACCUUGAUGGGCUCCACCUUGACGGGGCCCUUGCUCCAGACAAUUGGGGGGAGAAACCUGUGUAAUCUGCAGGAGGAGCAGAUCGAUAAAAUACCUCUAGAAUCCAUCAGGACUGCUGGGCAGUUAAACAUUUCUUCCUGCUCUCAAACGAAGAAGGACCAGCUCUACAGAAAAGCCCAUGAGGUCUUUGGUGACAAGGCUGAGUCCACCAGUGUCUAUUACUGCCACAUUUGGCCAUACCUGGGUGGAGCUCCAGCAGAUGACCUGAAAAGCUUGGCUAAGAGAGGCACUGCCAUAAACAUGGACAUGGGCACCUUCCUUAACCUAAAUCCCAAGGAACUGCAGAAACUCAGCAUCAUGGAUGUGAAAAAUUUGCUUGGGAAAAACCUCCAUUACCUGAAGGCAGCUGAAAACGAGACGGUGGUGGUGGACUGGGUGAAGAGACAGUCCCAGCAGGAGCUGGACUGUAUCCUGGGAAUUGGCCUGCAAGGGGGGAUGGUGGAGCCCAACCCCACAGGGACUCACACCCCUCCUCACCCCACUGCCUCAGCCAGCACCACAGACCUUGUCCCCAUGCCCACCACCCUCACCACUGCCCCCAUCCCUUCUGCCAGCUCAAGUAAGGCCACCCCUCCUGGUGCCACCCUCCUCACCACCCUCCUCACUGCUGUCAAGUCCAACACCACCUCUCCCAGCUCCGUCCCACCCGCUGCUCAUGGGACCACCACCCCCAGUGUUGGUACUAACCCAGCUGUUACCUUCCACAACACCAGCACACCCUUGGUGUCCAUGAGCCCUCCAGCACCUGGGGGUACCACCCACCCCACUCCUGCCACCCAUAGCACCAUCACCCUGAGCACCCACAACCCUCCCAGCACCCCUGCCCCUAACUCCACCUCUCCACCCGCCACCUCCACAGCCACAGAAAUUAACCUCUCUCCUCACAAGCCCACCUUGAUUCCCAGCUCCACCAUCUCCACCCAGAAGAGUGUUGUCUCCUCAGUGGCCGAGACUACAACAUUGCCUUGCACGACCAGUGCCCCUCCAGCACCUCCCAGCCCUUCUUCCACCACCACCAGCAGUGAGACCACUGAAAAGACACCCACAGCCGUGCCAGAGACCCCGAGACCAACACCUGAUGGAUACAUCCACGUGGUGCCUGAAGCUGGAUCAGGAUCCAGACCCUCCUCCUGCCUCGUGCCCAUCCUGGUGGCAGCCUUGGGAAGCUCCCUUCUCUGGGGGCUCCUCUGA